AUGAGAGCGUUCCUCCUCUGCUCCGCCAUUGCGGGCCUGGCCAUCGCCCAUGGCUCUCAUUCCCAGAAGCCAAUUGUCGAUGCAAACGCCAAUUGGAUGACGAAGCACAUGGCUGAGGAGCAUCACGUCGACGGCUGGGACGCGGCCUCCUUUUUCACUCUCCACGACUACGACAGCGACGGCUACUGGAAAGGCGAAGAGCUGCUCCGUACCUACGGCCUCAUGGACGAGUCCAACAGGCACGUCUCCUGGGAACGCCGCGACGACAUCCUGCGCCAGCUGCUCGAGCUCAUGGACCUGAAUCGCGACGGCGUCGUCAGCCGCGACGAAUGGACCGACUACAUCUCACAGGGCAAGACUCUGCCGGACAUGGGCACGGGUCCGGGCCACCACGGCGACGACGAAUACGAAUAUGAGAUUCACCAUUGGGAAAAGUACCACGACGAGAACUCCAAGUUGGAAGACUUGAACCAUCCGGAAGACAUUGAGCAUUUCCGGAAACAUGAGCAGAUGGAGGAGGAGGAGGAGAGGCUGGAGAAGAUGGACCAGAUGGCUAUCAUAGAGGAGAACAUCCCUAAGAAAUUUCUGCGAGGCAAUUAA